GGCUGCGGUAAAAAGCAGCUAGGCUCGAUUGGCAGCCACGCGCGCUACGCUGUGAAAUCUCGGUCCCACCAGGCGCCCCCUCCAAUCGCGGCCUGUUCCAAACCACGGUCCGCUGGUCUGGCUGUCCGGUCUGCGCCGCGACGGACAGACCAAGAGCGCGCGGUGCAACGAUUUACGUAAGUUUCGCGCGCGGCGCUAUAAUUAGCCGGUGAGGCCAGCGCGAGAGCUACGCGACGAACGCUGCCCGGCCGCAGUCGCGAGUCUCGACGCCGCGACGCCGAUGACGACGACGACGACAUCGACGCGGCGGCCAUGGGGCCGUCGAACGCUGUAAAUCGGCCAGGGCACGGCGGUUCGCUGUCGCGAUAAGGCGCCGAUCGCUCGACCCCGGAUUGCACGCGCGCGCCGAGCUUGCGAGUCGCGAUUGCGAGAUCCGGCGCGCUUGGCCGCGUGACCUUGAGCCGCGCGUGCACACACAGAGGGGGCGCCUAUAGAGCGCGACUCGGGUGGGUGUAGCGCGUGCUCGCUCUCUCUCUCUCUCUCUCGCUCUCUCCACGCUCGCGGGAGCUUUGACUGUGCAGUGCCACCUGCGCGCGCGGUCAGUGCGAGGCCGACGCUCGCCCCGACGAGUCGAUUCGCGCAGCUCGCGCGCAGCCGAAACAGCAGCGAGAGCGAGGGAGCACGGCUGGCGGAUCGAUCGCGAGCUCGCGCAGCGCUGGGUCCGCGGGCGCGCAAGGCCGAGGCGGCCAGCGAAGCAGCGCCGUAGGUAUAGCGUGGGUGUGCGUGCGUGUGCGUGUGCCGAGCGCCCGGCCGCCCGCCCGCGCGUGCCUGGCGCGCGAGCGCGCGCGGCGCCGCGGCGCUCCCCGGCGAUGGGCCCGAGCGCGCGCCACCACUGGCGCCGGAUCGGCAGCAGCGUGCCGGCGCGGCUGCGCGCCGGCGGAGGCGCCCCCCGCGGCUGAGCGCCGCCGCGGACCAGCCGGAGCAGGUCCAGCGCGCCCAGGGAUGGCGCAGAGGCGCGUGUCGCGAGCGCGCUAGGCGCCGCGUGUGGAUCUGUGUGCGCGCGCGAGCGACGCCGGCGCAGCGCCAAUCAUGAAUCUUAUGUUCCGUAAGAACUUCGAGAAGAGCAGCGGCGGGGGCGGCGGGGGCGGCGGGGCCGUCGGCGGCGGCGGGAUCGGCGGCGGCCUGCUCGAGGGCGCCAGCUACUCGGCCGCGGCGGCCAGGUCGUCGGCGGCCGGCGCGCGGCGCGGCCGCGGCGACUUCGCCACGCUGGCCGGCGCGGGCGGCGGUGGUUACUACCCGUCCACGAGCAUGGAGCACGAGCACGGCGGCGGCGGCUUUGGCCCAGCCUACCGCACUCACCUGUUGUUCGCGCCCGCGCACGCAGGUGCGAAUGCCAACGACGGCGACUUUGGCGAGCGCUUCGGCGCCGCCAGCAGCAGGCGCACCUCCUCGGGGCCGCACCUCAUCAAGUGGGGCGGCCAGGGCGGCCAGGGCGGCCAGCCCCCUCAGCCCGCCCAGCGGCGCAAGCAGAGCGGCCUCGCCAAGGACCUCGGCUGCCUGCCCGAGCUGCCGCCCACUCCUACUGCUGCCUCCAGACAGGUGUCUUUCCAUGGCAAUAGGCAAGGCCUGCUGGUUCAGGGCAACAGUCCCGCGCGCAGCGAGCCCAUCACACUGGCGACCCUCGACCGGGACUGCUUCAUCAUACCUCUGGCCUCGCUCGAGCGAUUCCUGCCAGCCGGCGUCCCGAGCGUGCCGGCGGCGAACAAGAAGCGGCCCGGCAGUCCACUCUCGGUACUGGAGGUGGAGGACCCCAAGCAGUGCAUCCUGGCGCACUUCAUGACGCAGCUGGAGCCGCUGGAGCCGCUGGUCGAGUCGCCGGUGUCGCGGCCGCUGGUGCUGCAACGCGACACCGCCGCCGAGCUGCUGUCCGAGCUGGCGCCGUCCGCCUCGCAGAGCAUCCUGCUCACCAACAUGGAGCGCAACGCGGACUUCCCGUUUAUCGCCUACUACGUGGUGAACAAGCAGAAGACCGACCCGAUCGACUUCUACCAGGAGGUGCAGUGCGCGGCGCUCAAGAAGUUCGACCCGCGCGAGCUGCGCUACACGGCCAACCACAACCUGGACCUGUUCAACGAGGUGGCCACGAUCGCGAGGCCGCCGCUCGAGCCCACCGGAGGUCGACCACCGAUUCCGUCCACCGGAUAUAUCGUCUCUAUUUUUAAGGUCUUCGAGGGCGACGACGGACUCAAGUUCGAGCAGAACUGGUUGUACUGGACCGGUGCUCGCAUGAUGUACCGUUACCUGCCCAAAUCCGUGGGUCUUCGGCGCAUAACACUGCACAAGUCUAUGUCGCACGGCGACAAAACGUACCUACUUAUUUGCGAAUGCUCUCAGCUGCAGGAGAACCUCUCGGCAGCGGCGAUCCUCUUACCUGCCUUGAGGGCACGACUUUGCGGCUACGUUGGACUGUACAGGCCGUCAGUCUGUUAUUAAUUCAUGUAACAAUUCUCUCACUCUCGGCGUGUCUCGGACUGCACGACAAGCAAACGAAAAGAACGAUAUAUAAUUUUCUCAAUAUUUUUCUCAAUCACCUCGUCGAAAUAAAAAAAAAUCGAUUUCUUAUGCGACAACGCGUGUACAUAUAUGCGGAUUUUUACAGAUUGCGUCAACGUUAACAUAUCACAAACUAAGUGAGAAAAACUGUGAUAUUAUCGAGACAAUGGCGCAUAUAUUCAGAUACGCACGUUUAACCGUAUAUACGAUGAGAAGUGUGCAUAAGCCUCACUCUCUCAACGACGAUCAACCGGAUUUAUCGAUAAUAAUGCAUUGCCGAUUCAUCCAAAACCUACGCACGCAUACGCGUGGCGUUACAACAUGAUGUGUACAUACCUCAAACAAAUGGUUACCGCCAUCCUCGGAGACAGACAAACAGAGUGUCGCAGAGAUUCUAGACCAAAUUCAGAUAUGAUUGAUAACACGCCUACAUAGAGACCCUGCAAACGAUCGACACCGCCCAGCAGAAUAACAUAUACACGAUGAGCUCUAAUUCAUUUUCAAAUAUCAGCAAUUUAAUGUUAACGUACUUAUAUAUUAUUGUAUAGAACCUUUUGUCAGGGAACACGAGCGACACCCAAGUGUCAAUACGCGUGCACGUUCCGUGCGUGUAACGUUGCUGCUCUUUUAUUUUCAGAGAUUUCAAAUCAAAUCGACUUUACUCGCUUGUACAUACAUUAAGUACGUAUAGGUGAAUCUAUAAUCGCGGAGAGUUUUAAUGUUUUAACAAAAAGUAUUAUGUAUGUAUUAUAUAUCAAAAGAAGAGGCGGACAGUUUCCGAGUGUAAUUAGAUUUUUAAAUACGUAAAUAGAUCGAGUUGGCCUUCGUAGUACAAACAAGUCUCAAAUUACAUAGAUAUAUACGUACACUUAAACGCAGACACGGACAAUAUAGUCACUUGUAUAAUAUUUUUGGCUGAUAAUUGCGCUGACGCAAUUAGAUUCUAUCUUUCAUCUUCAUUCCACAUUGCUACGUUCAUUCAGCAUUCAUUUAUAUUUUAUUUGUAGAUAAAAUAAAAGCGAGUCUUUCGCUCGCGAGAUAUCUGCAAUUGUUUACUGUGAUCAAUGCGCGCGCUGCGUUUAAUAAAUAACGACGGCGGCAAAACCAACAAAAAAAUAAUAUAAAAAUCUAUUAAAAUCAACUGUGAUUGCAUACUAUAUAAAAUAAAAUAAAUAUACAACAAAGGAAUAUCAGGCAAAAGAACCAAUUAAGAUGAUUGUUUCCUAUGUAUGGCUAUAAUGAAUUUGAAUUCUUCACAGAGAACAAAAAAAGUAAAUAAAAAAAACAAAUAAACCAAAUUGUAUUCAUUAUCGACUACAAAUUUGCACUUCUUUGUCAAUGCAAUUUUUUCUUUGUUACAGUCAACUGGAAAAAUAAUAAAUAAACGUUUUUGCAGCACAGUUGUAUAUAUUUACAUUGGCAAACAUAUUUGCUUUAUAGGUAACUAAACUUAUCACAGAACUACACUUUAUUAAUUAUGUACAAUAGAAAACAAAAGUAAGAAUAAAUUAUACUUCUUAAAUCA